UGGUAUUACUUGGAUUGGAUAUCAGUGGAACGAAGAAACAACAAAAACAAGACGAAGAAACAAAAAAAUAGAAAAGUCAGUCAGUUUGAUAUUUCUUGAAAUUCUUUCUUUCAAAACCCAAAAUAAAAAGAAGAGAAAUUCGAAAAAAAGAAAAGAAAAAGUAACAAAUAAAUAAAUCUGUGUAGAGAGAAAUUCCUAAAGUGUUUUUGCUGAUCACGACUGCUUAUUUUUGAAUCUGAUGGGCGAUGAGAAAUCGCCUAUAGUAAUGGCAAAUAGAGAUCGUGAACUUCUCAUACCAGUUGCAGAUGAUAAUUCUAUUCACCACGAUGAAUCAUCUUCCAAGCCUUCUUCUUCAUCCGCUUCUUCUUCUCAUCACUCUGGUCGCGAGGCUUUCUACAAAGUUGUGAGAAGCUGGGCAUCGAAAAAAUUCAUGACCGGAUGUGUCAUCUUAUUGCCAAUAGCAAUCACAUUUUAUAUCACAUGGUGGUUUAUUCAUUUCGUGGAUGGCUUUUUCUCUCCAAUCUAUGCUCAUCUGGGAAUCAACAUCUUCGGUCUUGGAUUCGUGACCUCCAUAAUGUUUAUCUUCUUGGUUGGUGUGUUCAUGUCAUCGUGGUUGGGGGCAUCAAUCCUGAGCCUUGGGGAAUGGUUUAUCAAAAGAAUGCCAUUUGUUCGCCAUAUUUACAACGCGUCCAAGCAAAUUAGUUCUGCCAUAUCUCCAGACCAGAACACCCAAGCCUUUAAGGAAGUAGCCAUCAUAAGGCAUCCACGUAUCGGUGAAUAUGCAUUUGGGUUUAUCACCUCAUCUCUUGUUCUUCAGAAUUAUUCUGGAGAAGAGGAGCUAUUCUGUGUCUAUGUUCCGACGAACCAUCUAUACCUUGGGGAUAUAUUCUUAGUCAAUUGCAAAGAUGUCAUCAGACCAAAUUUAUCGGUCCGUGAAGGAAUUGAGAUUGUUGUAUCUGGGGGAAUGUCCAUGCCGCAGAUUCUUUCGACACUGGAGACCCAGUCAAUUCCGGACAGAAGUAGACCUGGCAGGAAUUAAGAUUGAGAAGAAUCAGAUAUAUUGUGUAUUCCAUUAUUUCUUCUUGUGACACUGAGUUGGCAGUGAAGUUCUCCACGGUCUUAUUAUUUUAGUUCUCAGGUAGUCAGAAUAUUAAUGUUUGGUUACUGGUUCGAUUUCGGAUCACCAGAUUAUGAUAGUGGCAUGCAAUGUAACAUUUCUUCUCAAUAGAGGUUUUCAACCAUGCUAUUUACAAUGUAGUGCAUGCUAACAGUGAGCAAGAUGCUGCAAUUUAAUGGCCCAGGCUUCUAAAAACUUA